UCCCCUCACAGCGCCUCCCUCGCGCUCUCAGUCGCGGCGCUCGUCCUCCGGCCUGGCGGCUCCCGCGCCCCGCCCGGCUCCGCAGCGGCCUGGCCCGAUGGCGCCUCAGCGAAGGGGCCCAAGCAAGGCGCCCGAGGGCAGCGGGGCGCCCGAGCGCCGGCGUCCGAUCAGCACCAAGAAGGACCGGGCGGCGCCACGGGAGGCGCAGAGGAAGUGGCUGAGGACCGCGGGCCUGGGGGCCGUCUUGGCGCUCUCGGCGUUCCUGCUCUGGAGCAGCCUAGGGUCUGACGACGGUGUCGCUGAGGUCCUGGCCCACCGCGGCGAGGUCUUGGCGGGCAGGUUCAUCGAGGUGCCCUGCUCUGAGGACUACAACAGCCACCGAAGGUUCGAAGGCUGCACCCCCAGGAAGUGCGGCAGAGGCGUCUCCGACGUCGUCAUCACCAAGCAGGAAGCGGAGCGGAUUCGCAGCAUAGCUGAGAAGGGCCUCUCCCUGGGAGGAUCUGACGGAGGGGCGUCCAUUCUGGACUUGCACUCGGGGGCCCUGUCUGUUGGGAAGCACUUUGUGAACCUGUACAGAUACUUCGGGGACAAGAUACGAACCGUCUUCUCGGAAGAGGACUUCCGGCUGUACCGGGAGAUACGGCAGAAGGUGCAGCUCACGAUCGCCGAGGCCUUCGGCCUCCGCCCGUCCUCCCUGCACCUGACCAAGCCCACCUUCUUCUCCCGCAUCAACAGCACGGCCGCACGGACCGCGCACGACGAGUACUGGCACGCCCACGUGGACAAGGUGACCUACGGCUCCUUCGACUACACCUCACUGCUGUACCUCUCCGACUACCUGGAGGACUUCGGCGGCGGGCGGUUCGUGUUCAUGGAGGAGGGGGCCAACAAGACGGUGGAGCCCAGAGCCGGGCGGGUCUCCUUCUUCACCUCGGGGUCCGAGAACCUGCACCGGGUGGAGAAGGUCCGCUGGGGCACCCGCUACGCCAUCACCAUCGCCUUCAGCUGCAACCCCGACCACGGCAUCGCGGACCCGGCGUUCCCAUAGCGCCGGGCCAGCCCGAGGACCCCGUGCCCGCACCCUCGCGUUCAGGGAGCUGCUCCUGGCCACGCCACACACGUGCCCCGUCCCCUCCUGUGUCUCCUAUUCCCACUGCUCAGAGUGCCUUACGGUAAUCCGGAAUUCUGAUUUGCUGAUGAUCUAAUCUCAGCUGUGAGUAAAUUAAGGGACCAGCCGUUCACGCCACCUGCACCGUGUUUGCUCUGCCCUCUGUCGGCGAGGGGGGCCCCCCCCCCAGCGCCCCGCCCUGCCCCUCCUUUGUCAAGAAAGGACAGACCUGGGCAGAGAUUCCCAUCUGCGGACAGAGGACUGGUUUGCCUGGGCCUCGUCCAAAUCUGGAAACCACCCCGGCCCCCGCGAAGACCGACCGAAGCCUCGGCAGACUCUCAACAGGCCGCUGCAGGCACAGGGCCAGCGCUCCCACCCCCCCACCCCCACCAUGGGGCGCGGAGUCAGCAAAUCGCGAUGGCUGUGGAGACAGUUCCAGUGAGCGGCAGCUCCGGGGGCAGCAACAGGCCCCUCUGGGGUGGGGCUGGGGGGCCCUGCUGGGUUCCAGGUGGACGUGAAUGUCUGGCAUCCCCACGGCUCUGCAUCUGCGUCCCGGGCAGCCCGAGAACUUCCUGGGCAGGUGGGCACACCAAGCCCUGCUCUGCCCCGCCGCCGGCCAGAGUCCCCGGUGAUGGGAGUCCAAGCGUGUCCCCACCAAGGAGGUCCUCAAUGGACAGUGACAUUGAGGACCUCCCCAGCCCCCAUGGGCCUCCUGGCCAGCUGCAGCUCUGUCUAUGCUCGGGAGGCCUGGGCUGGAGGGGACAUGACACCCCCAUCACUGGCUUCUGCCAGGGUCUGGGGUGGUGUCACGUCUGAGGAGCAAACACAGAUAGGAAAACAGGCGUGCGGUUGGUUGUAGGUUAAAAUGCUUCCGGAAGAAGUAAAUAUUCAUUUGAUUGUCAUCCUUUGCUACUGGUACUGUUCAUGGCAGUCACAGAGGCACCUGGGCAAAGACAUAAACACACCUUGGCAAAAGCAAGAGUUUCCUUCUCCUAAGGUGGGGUGACAGGUAGCCACAGAAGUGGACCCUCGACUCCAGGUCCCUCCCCGAGUGACCCCGGGGCCCUGCCCGCCGGUUUGGGAAGGACGGCUGUUGUUUCCGGAGCUUCGAGGUCAUCAGUCCUGCCGGAAAGGUUCAAAGCUCAGUGACAGUUUGUCCUGGGGAGAAGCUGGAGUCAGGAGCAUCCUCUGAUGGAUGAUUAUUUUUGAAAUUUAUUUUUAAAAUAAAGGUGAUUUGUUUAAAUCAAA